UAGAUAUGACGAUGGUCAGCAAUCUAUAUUUCCGAAAAAUCGUUUUAUUACUUCCAUCAUGGCACCAAUCCACCUCCGGUGCCGAUCGUUGUAUAAAACGGCCCCAUCACACGCACCGGACUCGGUUAUUACAUUACAUAUUUGAACACUUCGGUGCGAUGAAGUCAGUGAUAGCGGUUUCCGUAGCGGUCAUACUCUGCUUCGGCAUUGGAUCGUCCCUUGGCCAGAUCAUCUCCAUCGGUCAGUGUAGUGAGCCUUCGGUUGUGCAGAACUUCGAUGUGGAGGCCUACCUAGGGCUGUGGUACGAGGUGUCCCGCUACGAGCAAACUUUCCAACGUAAUGGCGAAUGUGUCACCGCGGAGUAUUCGCUGAACGAAGAUGGAUCCGUGCGUGUUCAAAACCGUAUGCUGGUGCCUCCUAGUGGAAAGUUCGACGAGGAUAUUGGACGCGCUGUGAUUUCUUUCCCGGAGGAGAGUCCACUGCAGGCCAAGCUGAACGUUAGCUUUGGUGGAAUGCCUCCAAUAAAGUCCAACUACUGGGUGUUGGACACGGACUACACCAGCUUCGCGUUCGUCUGGAGCUGCUUCCCUGUGAGCGAUACCAUCAAAGGAGAGAACUAUUGGCUUCUGUCGAGAACUGUUGAGCUACCGACGAGCGUCCAAGAGCGUGUAGAUGAACUAACCGAUGCUCACCUCAUUCGACGUCACAUCAGACAAACUCAACACGAUUUGUACUACUGUAACCUUCCGGAGGAAUCACCAGAAUUCAAACCGCAAUCAAAGUUUACUAGCAUCACAAUGAUUCGCGCAACAGUGCUACGCAUCGUUAGUUUAGUGACAUUAUUGGCAGUAUCCAUCUCAGCGGACGUUUACUACGACAGACCCUGCCGAACAGACGUCGAGGUAGUUCAAGUAUUCUGCCUGGAUCGCUAUCUAGGCAGGUGGUACGAAAUCCAACGAUACGAACAGGAAUUCGAAACCAAUCUGGACUGCAGCCAAGCUCACUAUGCAUUGAUUGAUCCAUCAACGAUUUCCGUCACGAAUUCGGCGUACAGUUUGGUGAAUGACACUGCGAUUGUGGCCGUCGGCACGGCUAAGCUGUCGUUUCCGGACGAUGAGGCGGUCCCGGCUAAGCUGAACGUUGCGUUUUUCGGUGCUCCCAAUGAUCGGUCCAACUACUGGGUGCUGGAUACAGAUUAUGAAAACUUUUCGGUAGUGUGGUCUUGCGAAUCGCUUCCGGAGAAUCGAUCGCGUGAAAGCUACUGGCUUCUGUCCAGGACUCGUCAACUGACGCAGGACGAACAGGUUGUUGAAAAAGUGAACGCUCUGGUUGAUAAGUACAUCGAUCCGGAGGAAAUCCGAGUGACGAACCAAUCCGAUGAGAGAUGCCCGGAACGGGUUGCAACGGAAAGUGUUUUAAAUAUGCUGCGGUUUAGUGCGUUAGUAGUGUUAGUAGUGAUGACACAGUUCGUGCUCAAGGGAUACGGAUACAUCGUAAAGGAUGGGAAUUGUUCUCUGGUGUCCAGUUCCAUGCCGGUGGUGACUAAUUUUGACAUCGAGAAGUACCUUGGAAAGUGGUACGAAAUCGAACGAUACGAACAAGACUAUCAGCGAAAUCUGGAAUGUGUGACGGCAGAGUACACUCGAAGCAAACUGGAUGCAUCGUUGGACGUCAAAAGCAAAGGAUUCCUAGCGUCGAAGGAUGCCUAUGCCUCAUUUGCGGGGAUCGCGGUUAUGUCCGACCCAUCGUCCAACCCCGCCUUUGGUAAACUGAACGUAACCUAUGGCAUAAAAGCCAACGGAAUCUCCAACUACUGGAUCGUGGAUACCGAUUACGUCAAGUAUGCUGUAGUCUACUCGUGCACUCCAAUUGAAGACUCAGAAUCAGUUAUCGAAGGCUACUGGCUGUUUUCGCGAACGCCUGCGCUUACCGAUGAACCUCAGAUUACGAGCAAACUGCAGUACCUGCAAUCGAACUACUUUGUUCCAUCGCACGUGAGGCCCACCAAUCAAAGCGAGUCAUUGUGCCGAAAGGAGCCUGAAAUACCACCUGUUCCAGAAACGGAAGUUCUACCACCUUUGGCCAGAGAUUUGCAAGUAGAGAUGAGCGUGUUGAUGACACUACUGCUGUCGGUCGGGCUGCUGCUGCUGCUGACCUCAACGGGGAUCGUAAGCCAGCGGAUUGUUCAACAGCCCUGCCCUGACCCGGAGACGCGACCGAUUGUGAAAAAUUUCAAUCUGGAUAGGUACAUCUCCGGAAAGUGGUACGAAAUUCUGCGAUAUGACCAGUACUUCGAGAAAGAUUGCGACUGUGGGUACGCUACAUACACGCUAAAACGACUCAACACCAUCAAGGUGGAAAAUUGCUGCGAACGACUACCCAACACUAGUGUGCACUGCACCAUCGGAAAAGCAGUCGUCAGCUUUCCGGAUGCUGUUCCUCUGGAAGCAAAGCUGAAUGUCACCUUCGGUGGGCCACCCAACAAUUCCAACUACUGGAUCAUGGACACGGACUACGACAACUACGCCAUCAUCUACUCGUGCAAAAACCUCUCGGACAACAAAUCCGCCGAAGCUGCCUGGGUGCUGUCCAAGCAGCGCACCAUCAAGCCGGAAGUUCGCUCCAAAGUCGAUCAGCUCGUGGAUCAAUAUCUGGUCCGGGCCGAUAUGCGAGUGACCGAGCAAAGCCAAUCAAAAUGCAAAUACGACGAGAUGCCCGGCCAAAACUAGUCUUAAUUGAUCCGCAAAACUUUGCAUCGUACACAGAAGAAAGUUCCCACCGCAGCUCAUCACCAUCAUCAUCAUCAACAUCAGCAGCAGCAGCCUUACCAAACAAACUAUACCCUGGACCGGAGCACCGGAGAACACAUUUCCCGAGAAAAACAUCCAAUAUACUGCAGGCGAUUUUCUUCACCCGAAGUGGAAGAGUUUCUACGGAGUUGGUGCUGAUUAUUUUCUGGGACCGACCGACCGACGACCAAGCAAGAUGCAUCCGACAUAGCCGCCACCGCUGGCGCUGGUGGGGUGCUGAGGAACACCGAAGACAGGAACUCAUCCGCUUUAAUUUUCCAUGUCUGACAAAAACGGAACCGCAAAACUUUCGAUCAAAUUUCAUUUAAUCUGUGCACAAGAAAAGGGAGGAACCAGUUUUACAACAGGGCCAAUGAAUGGAGCUCUCUUCUGGAGAGUUGUUGAAAUGAGCAAUUUCGAAACGCAAAGUUUGGUUCGAUGACGGUGCAAAUAGUUCUGAGGUUUUUUUUUCUGUUUUUCUCAAGCUAAUUACUUUCACCUUAUUUAAGAUCAUUGUAAAGGAAACGUUUAUUACAUUUCUUCAAGGGGAAGUAUUGGAGUAGAUAAUUGUACUCAACAAUGAUUAACCAGCCCCGACUGAAAACCUCUUUAAAAAAAUUAAUAAAUAAUAUGUUGAACGCAAUUUA